GGCUACCCCGCCUCCGCAUUUAGAGAGUCUUUCUCCAUUGGCUCGGGGAGUCGUUGGUAUAAGAUGCCAGUGCAUGAAGAACCAUCCGUAGGCAGAAUUUACAUUGACCAUCAAGAUCAUUUACGAGCCUCCAGAUUCUUACUAUGUUAUUUCCCUUGCUCCCAUGGGCCACUUUACUGCUCGCCAACUCUGGCACUGCAUUGGCGCAAACCGCCACCGUUGACGCUGCCAUUAGCCGUGGCACUCCAGCCAAUCUGGCUUCGGGCUGGAUCUAUGGAAUCCCGGACCAGGAAGGCCAAAUUCCUGACCAUUUCUACACCGAUGUUGGAUAUAGAUAUGGCCGAGCAGGUGGAGCGCAGCUUGUCAAUCCUGGAGAGCGAGGCUGGAUCUGGGGAGUGAAGGAAUAUAGGAGCCGCUUCCAAUCAGCGCUCUCCAAUUACAAGACCUCAAGAAAAUACGGUGCCCGCUUUCAGCUUCUUCUCCAUGACCUCUGGGGGGCCGAUAGCACGCAGAACUCAAGCGCUCCGUAUCCUGGCGACGGCGGGAACUGGGCAUUGUAUGACGCGUUCCUGGGCCAGGUCAUAGCCGAUAUUCAAUCCAAUUCAAUGACUGCGGGAUUGGACAUAGAUCUGUGGAAUGAGCCCGAGGGCGUAUACUGGAAGAAUCGAGGAGUGGCCCAGUGGGUGAACAUGUGGGGUCGGGGCUUUCACCGACUUCGGGAUGCCUUGGGUCCAGCUGUUCUUCUUGUCGGCCCGUCUCUUGCGAGUCCACCAGCAAUUGGCAACUCGUGGUGGGAUGGCUUCCUGGGCUUUAUUGGUGCCAACGAUUCCAUUCCCGAUCAAUACACCUGGCAUCUCGAAUGCGGCGGCGGUUGUGACUUGCAGGCCAGCAACUCAACCUUAAAGUCAUUGCUCAGCUCGCACGGUCUACCCAAUCGACCUAACAACGUCAACGAAUACGGGACUCCUUCAGAACAACGACCGAGUGGUGACGCCUGGUACAUUAGUCGCUUCGAGCGUUAUGAUACUCUCGGCUUGCGUGGUAAUUGGCUCUCGACUACUGCGCUUCACGACUUCCUGGCCGGGCUUGUGGGCAAGCCGAAUGCUGAAACAUCGUCGUAUAGUGCGACAGCGGGUGGCUACUGGCCGACCGGAGAGUUCCAGGUCUACAAAUACUACCAUUUGAAUCAAACCGGCAUUCGUCUCGGUACCACAGGCUCGGCAGACGGUGGAUUUGACGUUUACGCUACUAAGACAGGAUCUGUUGUGAAGAUCCUAUGCGGCAGCAAGGCGAAGACGGGAACAUGGGAUAUUACCGUUAACAACUUGGCGUCUUUGGGGCUCCCAUCCUCCGGCAGCAUCACAAUCACCACAUAUGAGUUCCCGUGGACCAGCCAAUUUGGAGAAGUUGAUACCUCUGUGGAUCUUGGUCAAGUGACCCAUACAUACACCGACGAUUCGGUGACAUGGUGGGUGAAGUUCUCCUCCCCCAACACGGCGUAUGCCUUUGAAUUCGCAUACUGA